GAUGAAUUUUCCAUAGCAAAUGAAAGAGUCUCCUCCGCAACCACAACUCUUUUUCAUAUAUACUAUAUAUAUUACACACACUAUACAAAUGCUACGGUCGUGGGCGUUGAGGCUAUACACGCACACCGCUCCUCCUCCACCUCUCCUCCUCUGCUCCGCCUCUUCGUCUUCGUCUUCGUCUCCUCUCGCGUACUCCAACCUCGCCCCAACCCUCGCCAUGUCGCGCUCCCUUCGCAUCGCGGUCGUUGGCGACGUGCAUGAUGAUUGGGAUUUAGAAGAAGAUUCAAAGGCCCUGCAUCUUCUACAGACGACAGAAAUUCUGACUUGUGUCUAAUGUGAAUGCAGCCUGAUCUGGUUCUGUUUACAGGUGAUUAUGGGAAUGAGAAUGUUGAACUUGUUAAAAGCAUAUCAAAUAUUAAAAUCCCUAAAGCAGCCAUUCUAGGAAACCAUGACUGCUGGAAUACUCAUCAGUUCUCACAGAAGAAAGCGGAUCGUGUCCAGCUUCAGUUGGAAUGUCUUGGUGAAGAGCAUGUUGGAUACCGGCGCCUGGAUUUUCGGGCAAUGAAGUUCAGUGUUGUUGGUGGGCGACCUUUCUCUUGUGGAGGCAACCGAUUAUUUAGGCCAAAGCUGCUUUCUGCAAGAUAUGGUGUCAAUGAUAUGGAAGAGAGUGCAAAGAAAAUAUAUGAAGCAGCGAUAGGAACACCGGAGGAGCACUUCGUCAUAUUUCUUGCACACAAUGGGCCUACAGGUCUAGGCUCGAAAGUAGACGAUAUCUGUGGGAAGGAUUGGGUAUUCGGGGGUGGCGACCAUGGCGAUCCAGAUCUGGCUCAAGCCCUUUCAGACUUGCAAAAAGACACCCAAAUUUCGAUCCCGUUAGUCGUGUUCGGCCACAUGCAUAAAAAGCUAGCAUACGGGGAUGCUCUAAGGAAGAUGCUCGUUCUCAGCGCUAACGGAACGUUGUACUUGAAUGGGGCAAUCGUGCCGCGAGUGAAACAAUCGGGACAAACAAGCCAGAAUUCGGAGUUCACAAACGGAACAUCACGGGCGUUCAGUUUAGUAAAUAUUCUCGAUCGGAGGGUGGAAAAAGUUUCCGAGGUUUGGGUUUUAGUCGAUGGCACCAGGGUUGAAGUCGAGCAGGAGACUGUACUGUUUACGAAUCCGUAGGCAGCCCCAUUUGCUGCCUCUUUUUUCUGUUACUAAUUGAAGUGAUCAGAACUGAAAAUACGAGUCGGAUAAUCGUGUUGUAUAUUGAUUCUGAAUUGAAGGGAAUAAAUGCCCUUAGUUGUAACUUGUAAGGAAACAUCUUUAUUUAAGUUAUAUACAAAACUGUAUUUUGGUCAC